UUAAUACUACACUCUAUACAAGCGUCACAAGCAUUUCAUCCAGGCCGUCCUUCAUGUCCCUGUCCAUAGAGAAAUCAAUCUUUUGGGGAAUUCUCUUUAUCUUAACGAUGCAUUUAAGAAAUGUUCAAAAUGCUGUUAGAUCCCAUCAAAAUGGGGAUAGAUAUAACAGUAUUCAUUCUGCAGGGAUAAAUGAAGUCCAUGACAUGCCAAUCAACAUUAUCAUUCGUCCUUUUCCCCCAACUCUGGAUGAGAGGAAAGUAAUUUCUUUGAUGGAAACACUAAAGAGUCCAGAUACAGAGGACCUUGUCCCUCCUAUUGAUGUUCUAUGGGUAAAAGGCAGAUUAGGAGGUAACUACUACUACGCCUUUGGUGGUUGCCAUAGAUACGAAGCAUUCAAAAGACUCGCACGAACCAAAAUUCCUGUCAAGCUCAUUCGUUCUUCUUUGGGUAACCUUCGUGUGUAUCUUGGUUCAUCCUUGCCUGAUUUGCAGUAACUACUGGUGAUAAUGACGUCAAGAGCCUGGUUAUUAAUGAACAGCACAGAUGCAAAUCCAUUUCUUAGUGAAUCAUGGGAUAGGCAUGAACUUUAUUUUAAUCUCUCUUACAUUUAUUGGCUCAUCUAGUCAUAAGCUCUGGACUUAUACCAGCAUUGUUCGUAAGGGUAUUUUGAUGGACUGAGCCCAUUAAUAAACCACCAAAAAACUUCUAAAAGUUUUAACCAGGAGGGCCUAUAGCCGGGGGACGGGGAUUAUAACGGGGAUUUUACGGCAUCUGAUUAUAUGAUAACAUUGUUUUUACUCAUAGAAUCUCGUGCCGCAUAUUUUUAAAUUAGAGAUUGUUUACAAGAAAACAACUACGAUAAUUUUGCAUGCUCAAAACUAAGUAAUUGCUAUCAAUAUUAGAGAUGUAUAAUGCUUAUAUUUAUAAUUA